UUGCUAAAACCAGAUCUCACAACGAUGAACAUAAAACUUGCACAUUUACACAAACCAGCUCUCAAACAACGACUAUAUUUACCUGUGUAUCUAAUCUAGCAACUCCCACUUAUAAAGCUCCUCCUGAUGAGAUUUCCGCUUACAAUCGCAUUAGUCGUCACUAUAAUAGUGUUCGAAAGGAUAAACAUAAUAAAACAAUAACUGUCACUUUUACGCCUACAACUACUCUGUGCCCUACACCAACCUCGACAUGUUGUCAAGUACCCGGUGGCCAAGGGUGGCAAAACGAAUUUCACACUCCUACUAAUAUAACAAUACUUAAUAAUAUUACUAAUUCGCAAGAUUGUUGUAAAUUCUGUUUGAAUGAUUUGGAAUGUGUUCAGUGGGCAUUCCCCAAUCAAUGUAUCAAUUAUAAUACGACCGAUACUUGUGGUGGUGCUAUAGUUAAUUCUAAUGGUUUUUUUGAUAGCGGAAUUAUUCGUUGUAAUGAUAAUG